AAAAAAAAAAUAGAAGAGAGAGAGAGAGAGGAAAAGAAUAGAAAAGAAAAUUCUUAAUUGAAGAGCGAAACCAUUUUCAAGUUCCAUUUUCAGCUUUACCUCUCAUUGGAAGACGACGCAACCAGAAAAUUCAAGAACAUUCGUUGAAGUGCGUCGUCAAUUGAUUGACUUAUAUCUGGUGGGUUUGUGUUUGAUAGAUCUACCAUCCGAGCUGUCUUGUUGAGUUGAUAAUGAGAAGGACGGGUCAAUAUGCUGAUUCGGGUGUCAAUGCAUAUGUUGCUGCUCCGAUGCAUCAUGCGCCUGGUCAGAGAAUGGACAACAAGCCUGCUCAGUUCGAAGGACGGCUAGAAGCCUUCACCCCUGAAAGGGAUAAUUCCUAUGCAACUUCAAAGGCAGAUGGACAGUGGCGAUGGGAAAGGGAUGGAUCAAAAAUGCCAAAUUCUCUUAGCUCUCAGAUGUUCAACGAAGGCCAAGGCGGUGAUACAACAAGAUCCUAUUUCCAGGGUCAGAGGCCUGAUGCAAAAAUGAGUUUAGAGAAACAAAGCAACAUUGAUACCAGAUCACAACGCAAUGAAGACAUGGAUAUAGGAUAUGAAGAAAAUCCUGCCGUGCAAACCUUUCAAAGUCUAGAGGAGAAAGUCCAUGAUGAUAUUAUGAAACUAAUCAAGGAACAAAAUGAUGCAGAGGAUGCAGAAAACGCUAGACACAGAGAGCAAAUCAAUGCAAUCAAUGCUCAGUAUGGGGAGCAACUAGUUGCACUUCGAACCCGGCAUUCCAACCGCAGAGAUGAAUUCCUUAGGAUGGAAUCAAGCAAUAGACAACAGGAAUACCAGAAAGCUGUGGUGGAUCGUUACCCAAACAGCAGUGUUGGGCCUAAUGAUCCUCAUGGUUAUAGUGGAUUUGCGGCUUCAACUGUAGCAGCAGCAUCAAAUGCACACAGAGGCUAUGAAAAUGAGCAAUAUGAUUCCUACAGAGAACGUGCUCGAUUUCUCGGAGGUGCAAGAGAUCACGGGUUUGAGCCUAGAGGUCCAUAUCCUGGAGGCCGUGUUUAUGAUACUGGCUCACGCUACUACUAAUUGUGGGUUGACUUUGGACUUUUUCUUGCCAGUUGACCUGUUCUUCCCUCCAGAUUUUUCCGGUAUCACUUGCGCUCCUCCUACUUGUAUACAUGUAAUCUGCAGUUGACUUUUCCUUUAAGAUUAUGCACAAGAUGCUUUGUUAAGAAAACUUUUUUCUUGAGAACAGAAAAUUUUGAAUACUAAAGUUUUGUCCAUAUAUGCACUGCACUGGCAUUUCGUGGUGCAAAACUUAUCCAAAAGGAAAAGUAUGCUUGUUAGAUUCACAUUUAGUAACGUACCAAAACGUAUAUGCUGUAACAU